GUCUUUGAAGUUGUCAAAGGACAUGGAACUAGGAGAAGCUAAGUGCCCUCUUAUUACCCAGGCAGCCAGCAGUCCAUCAGUGGAGUGGCCUUUUGCAGGUCUGGAAGAAGGUGGAGGCAUGGAAUCAUUGCCUUUUAGACUAAUGAUGCAGGACUGCACAGCUGUCAAGACAUUACUGCUGAAAAUGAAGAGGGUUCUUCAAGAGAGUGCAGAUAUGAGUCCUGCUAGUAGUACAACUUCACUUCCUGUUAGCCCACUUACUGAAGAGCCAUUGCCCUUCAAGGAUAUAAUGAAAGAUGAAUGCUCAGUGCUGAAGCUGCAGUUGAAGGAGAGGGAUGAACUCAUUUCCCAGCUACGCGAGGAGCUGGAAAAAGCCCAACAUUUACAGAAGGUUCUUAUUUCCCAAGCAGAUAAAUCCACACAGACUGAACUUGUAGGCCAUGAUGCCCUGUGGAAUUCUCCAUAUACUGAAGGUUCAGUUUACAAACCCAUCAGCAUCUCAUUGGUUCCGUCAUUAUUAAAUUAAAAAACAACAUCUGGACAUUCUGCAUUUAUGGAUUUAAAUUAAACUCUGUUGAAAAUGCCAUGAAACUCAUUUUACCAGUACUUCCCAUGUUUCCCCAACUUAAUGAAAUUUUAUUUCAUAAUCUUUGCAUUAUCAAAAAGAUCACAAGUAUUCUUGA